AUGAGCGAGAGCAACAUCUCGACGAACGCCUGGCAGAGAUGCAGCGACAUGGGGCUGAGCAACAUCGAGUUCACGGAGUUGACUAAAUACAUAAAUACAUCAACGCUCGAGCGCCUCCCCGAGGAUAAGUCGUGGCUUAUCCCCUUGUGCGUCAUCCAGAACGAUAGGUUGUGCAAGAUGAGGUUUAUGUACCAAAGCCUAGACCAGUUCGUGGAGCUGAUUCACGAAAGUGCUAUGUACGAGAUCAGAGACGUAUUCGUACAGUCGGCGGUAAGGGUAAACCCGUGGAUGGGCUUACUUAUGGAGGAGAGCGGGCUCAAGUCCAUGGAUGCGAUUAUGUACAUGGACUGGAACAUGGAAAAGCCCGUGAUUGGUCUGUCGGGCUGGACUUUGAGGAGGCGCGCGAGGAACUACUUAAUUGCAGCCGCGACCAGCCACUCGAUCAAGAUUCUCUACGAGCGCGUUAUGGUGGGCCCCGUCUCAAUCCUGAAAAUGGACGAGUACACUGACAGCAACUCACAUGAGCUGCUGACCAGGAUCUGGCAUGAGUCCAGGAACUCGCACGGCAGCCGCAACAUAGGCGUUAACUAG